AUGGCGGCGCCCGGCCGCCACAUCCUGCUGCUGCUGGGCCUGGCGGCCCUGGCGCCGCUCCUGCCAACAACGGACGCCCAACGGCCGGCGCCGCCGGCUGCCGCCUUCCACGCGGGCCAUGGUGCCGCCGCGCUGCCGCCCGCUGCGGCGGCCGCCCCGCGCACACGUUACCUCUUGUACGACGUAAACCCUCCCGAAGGCUUCAACCUUCGUCGAGACGUCUAUAUUCGCGUUGCCUCACUGCUGAAGACCUUGCUGAGAAGCGAAAACUGGGUGUUAGUGCUGCCUCCCUGGGGACGCCUGUACCACUGGCAGAGUCCUGACAUUCUGCAGGUCCGAAUCCCUUGGUCCACCUUUUUUGAUCUCACAAGCCUCAAUAAAAACAUCCCCGUCAUUGAGUAUGAGCAGUACAUUGCAGAGUCAGGUGGGCCCUUCAUUGAGCAAGUGUAUGUCCUGCAAGGCUACGCAGAAGGGUGGAAGGAAGGAACGUGGGAGGAGAAAAUCGAUGAAAGGCCCUGCAUUGAUCAGCUUAUGUAUUCCAAAGACAAGCAUGAAUACUACAGGGGAUGGUUCUGGGGUUAUGAGGAAACACGGGGCCUGAACGUCUCCUGUCUGUCUGUCCAAGGAUCUGCCUCUAUUGUGGCUCCCAUCCUUUUGAAGAACACUUCAGCCCAGUCAGUGAUGUUAGACAGAGCUGAAAACCUUCUUCAUGACCACUACGGAGGGAGAGAUUAUUGGAAUACCCGUCGGAGUAUGGUGUUUGCCAAACACCUCCGUGUAGUGGGAGAUGAGUUCAGAAGCAAAUACCUUCAAUCCACAGAUGGGGCAGACAGGACUCAUUACAAUGAGGACUGGACACAGAUGAAGGUUAAGAUAGGCACAGCUCUAGGUGGUCCAUACCUAGGAGUUCAUCUGAGAAGGAGAGACUUCAUCUGGGGUCACAGAGAAGACGUGCCUACCCUGCAAGGAGCAGUGAAGAAAAUCCGCAGCCUCUUGGACACACAUAAACUUGAAAAAGUUUUCCUGGCCACUGAUGCUGUUGAGGAGGAGGUUGAAUUGCUCAAGAAACUGCUGCCUGAGAUGGUGAGGUUUGAACCCACUUGGGAAGAGCUGGAACUCUACAAAGAUGGAGGGCUGGCUGUGAUUGACCAGUGGAUCUGUGCUCAUGCAAGGUAUUUUAUAGGCACCUCUGUUUCAACAUUUUCCUUUCGGAUCCAUGAGGAAAGGGAGAUCUUGGGCUUUGAUCCAAAAACAACUUACAACCGAUUUUGUGGUGAGAAAGAAAAAAACUGUGAGCAGCCAACUCACUGGAAAAUUGUAUACUAAUAUGCAAAGAAAUCCAAGGACUUCAGUACUGGUGAGUGCAAAAAAUAAAGAAGGACUACAGGGAAAUAUAUCCUUUUGAUGAAACUACAGCUCUCCCUUUUUCUCAGUGUUUUUCUGACAUUUGGGUUUUGAAGCACAAGCAAUAUUCGUCUUCUUAGCCAGGUACUGAUGGAACCAAAGAAAAUGAAGCCACCCUAGGAUUCACUUGUCAGCAUAAACAGGAUUAGAGGACAACACUGGGCACUACAACUGAGAACUGAAAAGCCAAAAUUGUCCUUCUGAGAAACGAAUGAAGUAAAUCAAGCUUUUCCUGUAAAGCUGUGGAAAAGAGGAAAAAUCUUUUAUAACACAACUGUAGUCUGUAAAACAUUUCUGUCUUUACCUGGUGUUUUUUCAUUGGCAUUUGCCUCUCUGUUCACAGAAGAACAUCGUUUGUUUUGGACCUUGCACGAUAUAAGCUGCAGAUUGUGUGUAAACUCUGGAGUUCCUUGGAGUUCCAUUUUUAGGUGGUAAUGUGUGAAUGUUCAAACUGUCCUAUUCAAUCAUGUUCAAUAAUGAAAAGAGGAGGUGAUAUUUCUAUAUGAGCACUGAGUUCUUCUAAUAAUAGUCUCAGUCUCAAUUAGUCUCAAAAUAAUAGA